AUGAGAGUGUACCCCCUGGGAAACAUUGAGCUGUCGGUCACAUUCGGCGACUGCUGCAACUUCCUCACUGAGACCCUAAUCUUCAAGGUGGUGGAUUUUGAGGGAUCGUACCACACCAUCCUCGGGCGUCCAUGGUACACCAAGUUCAUGGAGGUCCCCAACUACACCUCCCUCAAGCUGAAGACGCCAGAGCUGAACGGCGUCAUCAUGGUGAGAGGCUCCUUCGAGCAGGCAUACGCAUCUGGUCGCAAGCACUUCGAGCUCGCCUCCACCAUCGCCAACUCCGUCGAGCUCCAGAAGCUUCACCAGACGGUGACGGAGGACGCUUCCAACACCAACGGGCCAACUUUGUCCAGCACCUUCCACCCGACUGAAGACACCAAGCCGAUCGGAGUCGACCCCAAUGGCCCUACCAAGACUGUGUGGAUUGGGGCCUAG